CUUACGCAAAAUGAUGUUGCCCGUGAUUCGGGAUGACUCAUGUCAUGCUUCACUCGUUCAGCUUGCGUGUUCGGAAUCAUCGGCUCAGUUUUCCUCCGGAGCUGCUCGAGCUCUUCUUUGUCCCCUCUCCCACAGCCCUGAUUCAUUGGAUACUCGUGUUGGUAGGAACAAACGUUUUACUUUUUUCCCCUUUUCUUUGUUUAUUAAUUUAAUCACAUUACCGAAGACCGUCGCGACAACCAGCGCACUUUUGACUGAUAGGUUGUUAUCCCCUGUCGGCGGACUUCGGACGGGCCUAUCAAAGACGAGCUUCUCGCCCAGGCGGAACACCAUGCAGUACCUGCUGCCACCGAAAUGGAAACUUCCCCAACUCAAUCACCCUUGCAGGGCUGAUGGCCUUUCAUCACAAGAAUUCGCAGCUCGACACCUCCACCAUGCCGAUGAAGAUGACCGCGCGCGUCGCGUCUGGGGAGAUGCACGGUUACGAAGUAAUCGACACGGGUGCAUUCGGAUUCCUAAGCCCCUGCCUGGUACAGGUUCUCCUUGUGGUAUGUUCUCGGGCUGCUGAAGAUUUGAAGAUGUCGAGCACUUUGCCAUUGACAGGCGAGUGCCACCUGUGAUGGAUCUGGCUUCAACGCUCGGUGCAUGUCUCAGGAAGAUGACCUUGAAGUUCGAGAUUUGAAUUUCUUGAAUCACUUUGACAGGUCUGAAAGUUCACGGCUCUUGAUCCAGGUGACCCGGAAUCAUGAGAAUGUAGACCUCCGCGGACCCCCUGACAAGUCUCGCAGUGGAGGUUUGUCGUGCCUGUUAUUAUUGUUGCCUCCCUCGUUGGCAAGAUCUCUGCCGUGGUGGGCUUGUGAAGCACAUGCUCUUCGUGAACGGAUAUGGCUAGGCUUGCUGUCCCCCAAGCGAGUCAGCGUGGCCGCCCGCGCUGCUCUUGUCAGCGACUAUGUAAAAUGUAUCGUUUAGUGGAAGAAAAAUCUUCCUCUCGCCGACUUUAACAAAGGCAAAAACAAAAA